AUGCUGCGACCGGCCACUCCCUUGUCGAUACUCUUCUUCGCGGCCUUUGCGCUGCUUCUCCUGUCCACCAUCUCCACGCCCAUAAUCGGAGGCAUUCCGCUCGCUACCUUCCGCGGUGUUCGCUUUGGCACCUUUGGCUACUGCGAUGGCAACAACUGCAAGGGGCCAAUGAUUGGCUACGAUACCGACAACCUCUUUGGCACCGAUACGCCAGAUUCCGAAUUCUCGCUGCCCUCGGCGACUCGUCACUCGCUUUCUUCGAUCCUUAUCGUGCAUCCUGUGGCUGCGCUCAUGACGCUGAUAUGUUUUGGCCUCGCCGUAGCCGCACACUUCCAUUCUCCCGCUCACUCGCCGCGCUUCCUGCUCGCGCUGCUGAUCUUCACGUUCCCUACGCUACUUGUAUCGUUGCUCGCGUUUCUGGUCGAUAUUCUGCUCUUCGUCCCGCACCUUGCAUGGGGAGGAUGGAUCGUGUUGGCAGCCACCAUCAUUAUCGUCGCGAGCGGCGUGGUCACCUGCGCCAUGAGGCGAACCUUGGUCAGUCGCAAGGCGAGGAAGCGAAGGAUUGCAGAGAAUGCGGAGAUGAACGGCCAGAACUACUACGCAAGUCGAAAUGGCGAUGGGAUCAAUACCACCACUGUUGAGGCGUUGCCAAAGGCUGAAUCUCCGCCUCCCAUGUCUGGCGAAACAAUGCACUCUGACAAUUCAAAGAAGACGGGAUUUGCAUCAUAUGAAGUUCAAAGGACCGGCAUGCAGGACGAUACCAUCCCACUCAACGCUCGUAAUCCCUCACUCAAGACCACCAGCAGCGCUCGCUCGGAUGACAGGUCGGUACCCCCUGGCCGUGCUCCCUCUGGCCGCGGACGACCGCCGGUCGAUCAAUACGGAAACCCAAUUCCGCCCAUGCCAAAUGACUCUUACGUUAUGCAAAAUGCACCCCGGAUGGGACCUCCGCCUGGCAGAGGAGGACCAUACGGUCGUGGGAGAGGAGGGCCCAGAGGCGGUUACGGACCGCGAGGAGGAUAUGGGCCACCACCCAGAGGCGGUAUGCGAGGACCACCACCACCAGGUUGGAAUGGAGGUGCCCGAGCAGGACCAGGAAACGUUGGACGAGGUCCUCCCCCACCUGGAUAUAACAAUGACAUGUACAGUCAAGGCGCGCCCUCUGGACCUUACAAUGCACGUGGUCCGUUGCCAGCUACGCAACAGCGGAUGCCGAUUGGUCAAGCUAUCGAAAUGGACUCGAGGAACGGUGGGAAUCAGAGCUAUGGAUUGCGUGAGAGUGAUGGGGAUGUGCAGGGAAUGCUCGCAUUACAACAAGGUGGAUUUCCUGCGCAGGCUCCACAACGUCGACCGUCGGGGCCAAUGAGCCCGUCGUCAGAAUACUCCACGCAGGAAGAGUCUCGUCCUGUGGUGGCCACCGCAGGGUGGCACAACAACUCUGAUCAGACAAUUCCAACAAAUAGCAGCAACAGUCGCGGUCUGUCACCCAUUCAGGAUUCUCCUGUCGAACUCCCCGCGCAGUUGUCAACAGUCGGGGCACCUAGUAACCAACGGACGUCAGACUAUUACUACGAAGACGUGGACCCCAAAUUUGCGGAGCCUCCACCCAACGCAGGCCGUCCUGGCGUUCUUCCCUCUGCAUUGGUUCCUGGUGGACCCCCGAAUCCGCCUUUCAACCACUCCAACAAUAACUCAAGCCCUUCACUAAACACGAGUGACCCGAAUCUUCUACGACAUUCAUUUGAAGACGACGGCUCUCGGUCUCCGGCAGCAUCAGAGACCUCUCAUUUCACAUCAGUCUCCCAACGAGGGGUCAAUCCCAAUUGGAGACCGCCGCCCGGUCCUCCAAUGCCCGCGGGCCCAUAUGGUCCCUAUGGACAACGACGUCCCUUGAGACCAGAAGAUGUGAUAUUGCAAGCGAACGCUGCCAACCCUGAUUUUGCGAUACCAGGGGCCGGUCCGCCAGGUAGAGGUGGAGGCCGAGGCAGGGGAGGCCGAGGCGGCAUCAAUCCUAUGGCCAACGUCGGUCUAGGAGCAGGACGAUACCCUGGCGCUAGUGCUAUUUAA